CGUUCAACUGAGCACGGUAGAUUCAAUUGCUCUUCGACAAUAUAUUUUAUUUUUAAAAUUCUUUUUCAUUACUAUAUAAAAAAAUAAUAAAAUGAAUUAUUUAUAUAGAUCCAGUAUAACAAUAUGGAUGUUUAUAGUUAUUAUAAAACAAAAUGUGUCAUCGGUAACAUCAAAAUUAGUUCCAAUACAGAAAGGUGAUCCCAGAGAAUGGAGUGAAAAUGGAGCGGAAGCCAAUUUUGCGCAAUUCAAUAACUUGUAUGCAAUAAGUAUCAAUGAAGAGUUGUUGCGCCGUGAUAAAUAUUGUUCUGGCAGAUGUGAUUCAAUUGACGAACUAGGUGAACAUAUGGGACAAACUUUACCUUAUCCAAACCAAUGUGCUGGAUAUCUUCGCCAUUGCUGGUUAGAAAGAGAAACUGAACGACGAAAAGAAGCGAAAAGUGAUUACGAUAACUUAGCAGCCGUUGAGUGUAGUAGUAUUGAUGGUUACGCUUGUCUCGAAACAGAUAGCGCAAGUGAGGAAGAACGUUUGAAAAAUAUACUACAACACACUGGUAAUAUUUGCAAGUGCUUAUGUCAACGAAACGAUAUUUCAAAUCCUGGAAACGAGCGUGGUAAAUUACUUGAUUCCAUUUGUUUUGAUCCCGUUUCAGUUGAUGAUGGAUAUGUUGCAACUGGCGCUGGAUUUAAAAGAGUCGGUUACGUAAUGUUCCUUAGUCUCCAACAAGGAAUAUUAUCAGAAGGACGAAUUGAUCCAACAACUCUUAAGUGGACGACUUCGGAUAAUUGUUACUCACAAAAAAAAAUUAUUGGCGAUUUCCGAUACGAUGGUAGCUACAAUAGUUUAGAAAUCACACUAGAAGAUCUUACUUUAACAGAGAAUGCAGUAGUCACAAGUGUUACGUUAGGCGAUUCAUUGCGCGGACGAUACGUCGAUGACGAUGGUAAUAUUAAUAAAAAUGAAUCCGAAAUUACACAAAAAAGUCAAUGCCAUGGAAGUCCCAUCGAUUUGGUACAUCGUGAUCCAGAUCUUCGGCCGUCCACAGCUUUAGUAGGAAAUAAUUCCGAACGCAGUGAACCAUGCAAUUCCAAGAUAGUAUUCGGUGGAACUAACGAGAGUUCUGACAAUAUACAACACGUUGUUCCGUAUGUUGAUUUACAGGAGGUCGUCGCCGAUCAAAAUUCACCUCAACCAAUUCACGGAAUCGGUUGGUAUUAUCGCGGUUAUCCUGGUUAUGGAGGAUAUCUGGCUCUUAAAAUUUUCACCAAAGAAUAACAACUUUUAAUUAACAUUUAUUUUAACGGUAACGAUGUUCCGCUAAUUAAAAUGAUUUGAUGUAUGAGAAAUAGCAAUAUUUGCCAAAUUGAAAUUGGUGAUUUCCCCAAUUUACUGGAAAAUGUAAUAAAAAUAUUUUCAAAUCGCAUUAUU